AUGCCCCUUAAUCACACUGUCUUUCCGCCAACGCAUGGCCUAGACCCUCAACUUCAGGAGACCUGCAGCUAUUCAUACUCGCCGGGACUGCUAGCCCCCUCAGUUAUUGUCGAGCUGCCCUCCUCUCAUGCUAACAGUCUCUCGAGCCUCCCUUCUACGCCUUCACGUCACUGCGUUCCUAAUCCCACGGCUCGGAUUAAUCUCGGCGACGACUUGUCUAACAACGAAGAUUUCCAUAGUCGAGGUACAGUUGGUCCACUCUCUCCUGAGUUCUCCUAUUCCGAAUGUGAUAACUCUUCAGCCAUUCAAUGCCCUUUUUUCGUGGCUAGCGAUAGUGCUAUCAGCCUGCUGCCUUCAAUGCCCAGGGCUCGAAUCAGAAGGUUGCGGCCGGAAGGAGUCGUAAAUAGACGAUACGUGAUUCACCCUUCCAAAUCGACGGGGAUUUUUGGAUUGUCGUCGCUCCUGACUGCUCCUUCGCCUGGCCUUUUGCUCUUUUCAUCACCUAAGUGUAGCACCGGCCACGCUAUUCAUUGUCGUCCUUAUUUCUCCGAAUCUUCCUCUUCCUCGUCGUCAUCUCUCUACAUCCCCGGUGAGCUGAAUGCGCCUACCUGCAUUGUGUCUUCUGACUUCGUCUUCGCUGAGCACAAGUUCUGCAGGCUUAGGUCGCGAAGUACGAUUCAUGAUCAAUCAAAACCGCUUAUCGAUGUUGGACACACUUGA